CGGGAAUGGGGACCGGGAACCGGGAACCGGGACCGGGAACGGGGAACCGGGCCCGGGGGACGUCGUCCCGGCAGCACGGGUGGCCUCGGCGCCUGGGGCUCUGGGGAGAGGCAAGGGCUCAGCGGGAGAGGGAGGGAGCCGGCCUCAGCUGCCGGGGCCCUCCCGGGAGCCGCUGCCUCGGGUGGGGCUGCUCCGGGCCGCUGGAGAGCGCCGGGUGUUCGCGGAAGCAUUAGGGCUGGAAGGGCUCUCUGGAGGUUAUCCAGGCCAGCCCUCUGCCCAGGCAGGGCCACCCAGAGCAGGUUACGCAGUAACGCGGCCGGGUGGGCGCUGAAUGUCUCCGGACAGGGAGGUCCACGCCUUCGCUGAGCAGCGUGUCCCGGUGCUCUGCCACCCUCCGUGAAAAGAAGCGAUUCCUCGCGUUGGGGUGGAACUUCUUGUGUUUUAGUUUGUGGUUGUUCCUCGUCCUGGCGCUGGGCAGCACGGAAAAGAGCCUGGCACCAUCCUCUGGGCAGCCGCCUCUGAGACAUUUGUAUGAAUGGAUGCGAUCCCCUCUGUUCUCCAGACUAAACACGUCUCCCACGGUCUCUUAUGAGAGAGAUGCUCCAGACCCCUCACAUCCAGUGCAGACUGAGCCCUCUCCGGUAGCAGGUUCUUUUCCCCUCGGGGCUGUGGGGCGUUAGGAGCGAGCGAGGGCUGUGCCUCCCGUCCGAGCGCCCCGGGCCCUGCCCGGAGCGACCUGCGGUGCUCUGUGCCUUGUCACACCUCUGCUGCCAUCCGCGGGCACUGUGCCUCUCGAGCUGAGCACUCUUCUUCAAUGCCUUCAGAUAAAUCAGUCUUGUGGAAGCCGAGGAAAACCAAAAUGCUGCAAACUUUUCUCUUAGCUCAAUACAUUGCACAUCACAUCGUGAAUAAAUUCACAGUCCAGUUACAGGAUGGUUCCAGUCAAAUGCAUUGUGGUUCUCCCCCGACCCUCCAUUUUUCUUUGCUUAGGGCAUUAGCUCUGCGUGGUGUUUCUUUAAAAACAAAAGUUGAUGGGGAGUGUUUAGAUGAGAGAGAUGCUUUGUUGUUACAAAAAUCCUGUUACAAAAAUACUGUUUAUGGGUGAUGAGUGUGGUGGGAUGGAUUUAUGGCGACCAAAUCUGAUGGGACAGUUUCUUUCCAGUAUCUCAUGGGAAACAUUUUUAACCUUGUGUUUGCAAGGCACUAUCUAGCACUUCUGAAUCUCUGCUUGGGUUUUUUUUGUGUUAAGCUAAAGUAUCUUUGUAAGUGUAACCCAAUCCACUUGCGUAUCUUAGUUUAUAGCUUUUAGCCAGAGGUCAGCUUCUUACUAUAUUUGUUCUUUGGGCAUGAUGCAUUUGGCUGGGAAAUGUGUUUAGCACUGCAGUACAAACAGUAACCACUUGAUGCAAUUACUGAAGUGAAGCCCUUCAAAGCUCCUGUUUAUUUGGUGUGUCAAUUUACUGCUAGGAACUUCAAUUUACUGCUUUUGAAUUGAUCUGUUAGUUAAGUUUUCAUGAAACACUACUUUUUCUGUUUAAAUGAAAUAUUGUUGUAAUAAAUGAAGCCAUAUUAUUAAAAAUAGAUUUUUCCCUUGCUGUUCUUUGCUGUCGCUUAUAGCUGUCUUAAACUUCAGAUAAUGACAAAAUGUCCUCUAGAGGGAGAUCUUGUUGCUUUUAUGUGCUGAAAUGUUGGUCACCUUGUUCCAGUUAAAUGUCUUGAUCCCUUAUCCUGGGAAGGAUCUGUGAUGAUGAAUGUGUGUAUCUUAAUAAGUGCCUGUCUUCUGCAUCUGUGCUUAGAAAUUUGGUAGCAGAAUCUGGAGUCAUGUAACACUUCUGUAGGUUAUGUGAAACACAGUUGUUUUAAAUCAAAUAGAUCUAAUUCUGAAGUUAAAUUAGUAAUCUUUGCAAGUUCCAGAGUCCUACUCCUGCAGAAGUAUUUGUAGGGCCUACGUUUGUGGUGUCCCUGCAUUUGUGGUGUCAAUUCUGCAAAUGCUUAUGGAGAUACUGACUUUCAUGUGUUCCCUGUUGUCAUCAAGAUGCUUUUGAGGGCAGUUUCUUUGCUGACCUGAUCCAAGAAUUUCAGCAGCCUGUCUGAAAGUGUUGUGGGUUAAAUCUCUUCAGCCUAAUGAGUGCCUACAGCUUGGCAAGGAAACAAAGCAGUAAUAAAAUGUCACAUUUAAUCAAUCUUGCCAGUACUUGUUGCCUAUAAACAGCAGAAGUUGAAAUAUUACUUUGCAGACACAUCAGUUGUUUGAAUGUGGUUAACUCUAUACUCCACAUACUCCAUAAAAAUUGUUGGAAAUAUCUUGGUGGGAUUCUUGUGAGGGUGAAUUGUUCUGCACGUUACAAAUGCAGUCUUGACAGGAGAUUUCUUUCUGCUGGACACAUUGAAAAAAAACCUUAUUCCACAGUUGAGGCAUCUAUGCUGUCAUUUUUCUGUAAGUAAAUGCAAACAGUGAAUUCAUUGCAGCUUCUGGCAUGUCUGAUCUGUAAAACACAUGUUCCACGUGUGGAACAUGCUCCGUGGAUGUAGUUGGAAAAUUUCCUCAUACUGCAAGGCUGCUGAAGGGGUCAAAAAUGCGUUUACACUUUUACUGCCAGUUGAACCCCUACACACUUCUGUCAAGUCAUCUGUAGUGUUAAGAAAUAGAUAUUGUUAGACUGACUCCAGAAGAGUUGUAGUAUUUGUAUUCUUAUAAAUGUACAUUCAAAACCACUGCAUAAUUAAUUAAUUUCUUCUCUGUGUGUGGAUGUAAUGCUGGAAGUAAGGCAAAGUAAUUUGCUGUAUUUAUAUUGUAAGGUUGUUUUCCUUUUCAUCCUCAUUGUCAUUGUUUUGUGGUAUGCAAAUAAACCUCUGCAAUGCAUUAAAAAUGUAUGCAAAGGGCUUGGAGGCAAAUCGUGUUGCUUAAUAGAAUGUACAGUGUGUUGUAAUAGAGGAAUAAAUUCCAUUAAUAAACAGGAAUAAGAGGUAUGAUUUUUUUUUUUAAGAAAGGCAUAUUUAUAUCCCUAAGUUCCUCAGAUUGUAGACUCUGUAAUUAAUUGUGCUCUGAAUGAUCAAUUCUUUAUUUUAGAUCAUAAUUUUGGAGGAUUGCAGCACUGCGAUCUCUGGAGUCUGCUGUGUCUAGCCAUAAUGAGUUUGGUUGCUUAUGAAGAUUCAGACUCCGAGACAGAAACUGAAAAGACCGAAGCCCCUGAUGCUUCUGGCAGACAAACAAACCAGCUGAGUUCUUCUGUUUGGGAUGCUGUAGAUACAGGCUGCUGUUUAAAAACCUACUCCUGCCACUCCUGUGCUGUUCGAGCUGCCCGGUGGUCAUCCUGUGGAAGAAGGAUCCUCAGUGGGGGCUUUGAUUCCAUGCUGCAUUUAACAGAUGUAGAAACAGGGAAGCAGAUAUUUAGCAGCAAAACAGAAUUUAGGAUCAGUGCACUGAAGUUCCACCCUACAGAGUCAAAUGUGUUCAUUUGUGGAGGAUUCAGCCCAGAAGUUAAAGCAUGGGAUUUAAGGACUUCUAAGGUGUUGAGAGUGUACAAAGCUGCAGUACAACAGACUUUGGAUAUACUCUUCCUCCCUGAAGGAAGAGAAUUCCUUACCAGCACGGAUGCAGUGAGCCGAGACUCAGCUGAUCGCACCAUCAUUGCGUGGGACUUCCAGAGUGCUGCAAAAAUCUCCAAUCAGAUUUUUCACGAGCGUUACACUUGCCCAAGUCUGACCCUGCACCCGAAGGAGUCUGUGUUUGUUGCUCAGACCAACGGGAACUACAUGGCUUUGUUUUCUGCCCAGCGACCCUACCGAAUCAACAAAAAGAAAAGAUAUGAAGGACACAAGGUGGAAGGAUUUGCAGUGGGCUGUGAAUUUUCUCCAGAUGGAACACUUUUGGUGACAGGAAGUUCAGAUGGCAAAGUGUUUUUCUACAACUAUCAUACUUCAAGGAUUAUUCGCACUUUGUCUGCACAUAAAGAAGCUUGUGUGAGUGCAAUAUUUCACCCAGUCUUGCCAUCGCUCCUUGCAACAUGUGACUGGGCUGGAGAAAUCAAGGUCUGGCAAUAACAACCAGAGUUACUUUUUAGGAUGUCUCUCUCCUGUUAGUCUGUCAAAGACUUAGGAAAUAAGCCAGAGUAUGGAAUGUGAAAUUCUGUUGGGAUGUGUUGUAAGCAGGAGAGAGACUGUUGUCUUUUCUUCUAUGACCUCUAUGUUUAUGCUUUCAUAAUGCAGUUAAGAUGGUUUUGUGGUUAGCUGUUGAGCAAAGAAGCAGUCCUACUCCCUCCCUCAACCCCGAAGACAAAUUUUUAACCCUUUUGUGUCAAUCUUCUGGUGCUCAUUCAGUCCCAUUCUGCUUUGAAUGAGCACCUAAAUUUAAGAAAAUUAUUGCUCUUUUUAUGCAUCUUUCAAUGCAGCUUUCCUAGACCAGGGUUUAUCACAGAAUCAUAGAAUCAUUUAGCUGGAAAAGACCUUUAAAAGCAUUGAGUCCAAGCUUUAACCCAGUACAGCCAAGUUCACUAUUAAACCAUGUCCCACAGUGCCAUCUCUACAAAUCUUUUAAAUACCUCCGAGGAUGGUGGUUCCACCACUUCCCUGGGCAGCCUGUUCCAAUGCCUCACAACCCUUUGGCUGAAGAAGAUUUUUUUUAUUAUCUAAUCUAAACCUCCUCUGUCAGGAGGAGACUGUUUCCUCUUGUCCUCACCAAAAGUUGAGGGCACACUAUUUAACAGAUGAUGUUCAGAUCAGUUAAUAUCUAUUCCAUCUUCCUGAGAUGUUUUAUCCCAAUUUUUUUAGCUGUUUAGCUCUCUGACCUGAUCACUGGAGAGUUAGAGAAGUAAUACUGUAGUUCAAGGGAAAACAGCUUCCAUGCACAAGAAGGGGGAAGGUCACAAGGCAGGUGGGACUGCUUCUUCUGAAAAUGGACAGUCUAUUAUCAGCUCAGCUUACUGUAAAAUGCCUUCUGAGAGUUCCAGGGAAAGGUGUGACAGAGAGCUUGAACCUAAUUUUGAAGUCAAUGCAUUUGUGUUUUUGAAAUCCUGAUGUUCAGACUUGAGUUUUAAGCUUACUUUUAUGACUGUAUUAAAAAAAUGAAACUAUGUAUAAAUAUUUUAAAGGAAAAAAUAAAAAUUUUUUUAAAUACAUGCUAUCUUUGUUUACUACUUUGCUCCUGUUAUUCUUGACAAGAUAGUACACAAGCUUAUAAUGGAAUUGAUGCUUGGGGGUGAAAAUAAUUAACAUUACUCUAAUUUAUUGCAAACACAUAUGCAUUUCUCCAUAGUUGUUGAUGUUGCUUGGACACAGAAAAUUGUCAUCAUGUUGUUCAGUGCAGGGGAGGUUCUUCAGCACUCAGACAGGAGCUGGGCUAUUCUUCAGCUGAUAUAAAGUUCAUUAGGCCAUUACUAUGUAUUUACAUAUAUAGAGAUUGUUUGUAAGUGUACUUUAAAUUUGUGUUCCCUGCGAUUGUAUUUCUUGGUUCUAGAAAAUAUUUUAUGUACAUGUGCAUGUAUAUGUAUGAAAAAUAAUAUGUCUGUGCAUCACAUAAGCCAUAUGUACUCCUAAUCAUGACUCCAUAUGUUUAUAUGUAUUUAUAUGUAUUAUCUUGUACAUAAACAUUUAUAUGUUUAUAUGUAUUGUUUUGUGAGUGAGUGCUGUAAGCUUGUCUUGUCUUUGGUCUGGUUAGUCUGUAAAGGUGUUUUAACAUACACAGGAUAAUUGUGCUGAGUAAAUUGUCUCUAUCAUGGAAUCCAGAAACUGUGUAUGGCAGCAACUUCUCCACUGUAGCAUUUUUUGUUCUUCUGAUUUUUCAUAUUGGCACAAAUGCAAGGGGUUUCUAUCCACUUUUUUGCAUGCUCAGUAAAAAAAGCUUUUUCAGAGAAAAAUUUUCAGAACAUCCUUGUGAAUAGCAGAUUUUAAUUAAUUAAUGAGCAUAAUGUACUCAAUUGGUUUGUAGUUUAUGUUCCUUAUUGCCUGUAGUAAGAAAUAAGCCUAUACCAAGGCUGUGGGUCCAGUUUGAAGUCUGGACCAAGAUAUUGAAGCUAUAUGAUUUUAAUCACCUUACCAACAGCUAUGGCAGGUUUUAACAUAGGGCAUUAAAUUUAAGUGAGUCUUGCAAUGAAAAAGCAACUUUUUCUUUGUUUCCCAGACUGCCCUUUAUUUCUUGCUUCCUUGUUCAGCAAUGAGCUGUUUAACAGGAGCCUGAAGUUUGCACUUUUCUUCACUGUGCCUUUAGUAUACAAGCCAGCUGUACCUUUAAAUAGAAACUUGUUCAGUGGUUUUGAGUUACUCCUAAUUCAAGCUGUGGGAUCCUCAUAAAAGUCAGAAGGAGGUCAGCUGGAAGUGGAGUAGCCCUUGCCUGUUGCUAGGCAGGCUGAAUCCCAACUGCACAGCCUUUUCCAAGGGGGUGGCUCUGUGUUCUUCCCUCCUGGUGUUUUAAUUCAAAAUGUGCUGUUACCACUUAAAAACUUUGGGCAGCCAGGUGUGUCUUAUAUGAAGGAUGGGCAGCACUGUAAUUGUUCCUGUUACAACCUGGUAUCUAUCUCCAUGGGAGAUUAUCUGUUAUUUUGUUAAGUACAGCCUUGAGAAAGGCCUCUAAAAUAAAUGUGAGCUCAUGGUAGAAAUGCUUCAUGGGAAGAGGCCUGAGCUGAUGUGAACACUUCAUUCUAUGUGAGUGAGCUCUGAGCACACUCAGCUUCAGUGAGAGCACAUCUGGAUAGAGGGAAGGGCCUGAGACAGCAGUCUUUGGGAAUCAUUGCCAAGAAAAGUAACUGCAUUUUGUAUGAUUACUCAUGUUGUUGCUUAACUCGUGUACUGAGAUGUGAUUCUGGUGUCUAGAAUUUAUCUCUCCUGAAAUUAUCUUGCAGGUAUAAAUUGUAGACUAUUUAAGAGGUGGAGAAGGAGGGAAAAGCUUAAAUUUUAUUAAAGGUAGUACAGAAAAUAAAAGAAACUUGAAAUUGUAUAAUCUUAAAGAAUAUUGACAUUGGAAUUGCGUUUGUGUCAGAUUUCUGGAUGGCUGGAGUUUAAUUACUUAGAAGAUCCAGUCAAAGAUUUUAUAAUGCAAUGAAAUGCUUUUCAUAGCAUUAUCUUGUUAAAAUCUCUUUCUAAUAUAAAACUGAUUAAGACACAGACUGAAAUUUAGUCAUUGAAAAUACUUCAGAAGAGUGAUGUCAAUUAAGUUUUCAUUAUGAUUCAAACACAAAUUCUUCCUUGUUAUUUUAUGCAAUGAACUGUAAUCAAAAAAUAUCCACAUUAUUCCAUCACUCUGCAAUUACCAAAUACUGUUUGGGCUGCAUACAAGGAUUAUUAUGGUCAGAUGAAGCUUUUAGAAUGUAAUAAAUUGUUGGAUAAUUAAUUUUAUUCAUAAAAUUGUAACGUACAAAUUUUUGUAUCUUGCUUUAGGAGAAAUUCUUUUAGAUUUAUAUAGGGGUCUCUAGGGCAUCAUAUGUUAGAGCCAAGACAGAGUUUUCCAGCAUUUUGAAAUGGUCUAGACUGUGCAGAUAAACAAGCCAGAUUAAUUUUAAUCUAUUUUGUACUGUACCAAAAAGUAAUAAUGCCAGUCUCUACCACUUUAUUAUUUGCUACUGGAGCAUUAUUAAUUUGGGGUCUCAGAGGAUGCAAGCUAUUCAACUGUCUUUAUCUCAAAAACCUGCUAAUUAGCAGACAGUUAUUAGAAUCAUUGUGUUCACUCAGCUGAAAUACUGUUGGUGAGUCACUAUAUUUCAGCUAUUGGCUUCAUCAUAAAAAUAAGGUAUGGCAUUACAAUGGGAUUACCCGUUCUGUAGGGGACAGGCAAAUGUAAAGGUACACUACUACAGCAGAACAGAACAAAGCAGGCAGAUCAAAAAUUGUGGGAUCUCAAAUUACCCAUUAUCCUUACAUAAGGGUUUGCCUGCACUCAACUGAAAAUAUUUGCUCUUCUUUCUUCAGCUAGCCUUGAUCUCAGUCUCUGAAUCCCAGCUCCUCCUAGUCACUGCUUGCAUCCUCACCAUUUAAAAUUCAUUUUUUCUCUCCUUGUCUCAGCACCUUGUCUUCUGCAUUUAAAGGUAUAGCAGUCUGUGUGCUUACACUACAUUCAUCUUCUCUCUUUUUUUUUUUUUUUUUUUUACUGUGCUCUGACUUGAGACUUUCAGGCUUUCAUUCCAGCUGUCA